AUGUUCCAACACUCGUAUUUGGGGUAUGGUUUGAUGCGUACAAGGAGACACGUUCAUAGAUUGGUUAAUUUCAUGUCGACGCUGCAGGGCACGAAAGCGAAAGCGGUGGUGGGGAAUCCGUGUCUUGCGAAGGGGACACGGAGGGUCGUGACUGUCAAGGUCGAAGUGACGGGUGUGGAGAGGAAGGUGACGAUGGAUGGGGAGGACAUUGGUUUUUUUGAGGUGUGUGAUCGGGUGGUGCAGCUCGUAUUGGCAAAGGAUGCAAUAUGCGAACUCAAACCAUGCUCCUUCAACGGCGUCUACCAACCCUCCCUCCUCUCCUCCUUCCCAAACGGUAAAGUCCUCCUCCUCUCCUACUUCUACGACCGCCUCUCCCCCCUCCUCCCCUCCGCCUCUUCUUCCUCCCUGCCCAUAACCAUAUCCACCAUUGCCAGCACCGCGCGCCAAGUGUGCAAAGGCCGCGACGAGUGGCUGCAGAACCACUGGGCCGCCGAUUCCGAACUCAUGGCUGAACUUGCGGACAGACCAGAGUGGUGUCAUGAUUUAUGCAUGCGUUGUUGAGGCUUGGGUAUGAGUUUGAGGAUGGGAGAGAGGUGAUUGGGAAGAAGAUUGGGGGGAUGGAGUUGGGGU